UUAAUAAGAGGUGAGUGUUGUAUUUUUGUGAAGGAAAGUCAGUUUGAUAGAGCGCACGAUAAACAACACAGCAGCGCAAAAGCAGAGAGGGGACGAAAAAGAAGGUUUCGCCCGAGAGAAAAAGUGAAAACGCUCUCUCUCUCUCUCUUUGAUUUUGAGAUUUUGAACUUACUCUUCCCGAUUUAAUCUCGAGAAAGCUUAGCAUAGAUGAAGACUCUUCGGUUUUUGGAAUUGUGAUAAAGAAAAGAAGAAGAGAAAUGGGAGGUUGCUGCUGUUGUUCUUCUUCAAGAAGAGCUGAUCUUCAUAAUGGACCUCCCUACUAUUACUAUCCGAGAGCAACAGAAGAGCGUGUUCCUUUAUCUACCGCUCUUAACAGAACUUCCUCUGCAAUCUCCUCUGGUGUUGUUGUAGUUGACACGAACUUAGAGACUUCAUCUCCUGAUGCUUAUAUACCGCCACCACUGCCUAUUCCUUUCGAUGUCGCUAUAGGUGUUCCUCAAACACCAGAAAACGGUGAAGAGUCUGCUUGUGUUGAUAUAAGAGAGGUUUCAGUUGAAACUGCUAAUACUGAGUCUGCUCAAGAAACAGUCGAUGGUAUCACUCUCGGGGUUCCAGCUACAACAUGCCCGUGUAAAGAAACAGAAAGCAAACUACAGACAGAGAUUGAUCUUGAAUCUACUGAAGAAGAUAUAGACCCCAAGAAGCUAUCAACAGACCUCUUUGUGCCAAUAGAGGAAGAGGAGGAUUGUCCCAUUUGUUUGGAAGAAUAUGAUAUGGAUAACCCGAAACUUCUAGCCAAAUGUGAGCACCAUUUUCACCUGGCAUGCAUUCUAGAAUGGAUGGAGAGAAGUGAAACUUGCCCCGUCUGCAACAAGGAAAUGGUGUUUGACUCUCCCCUCGACUAGCAACCUGCAAGUACCACAGCUUAGAAGACUCGUUUCGGCUCUGAAUCCCCAAAAAAACAAAACUAAGAAACAUAAAGAAAAGAAAAGAAAGAUGGUAAGAAAAUACACAACAGUAACGUUCUUGAUUCACAAGUUGCAAAUUACACAUUAGUGUUGAUAUAUAUGUAUGCUUGUACAGACGUUUGAAGUCAUCUACAAAGACUAUUAAAGAUAAGUAUUUAGGGGUUUAUUAUGCUUUAAGAUUUUCCUCUGUGAAUACCCCAAAAAAACGAAGCUCUUGUUAUUGUAUAUUCUAGUAAGAUUUUGUGAAGGUUCU